AUGUUAGAUGAAAUCACUCGAUACUAUGGAUUUAACCGAGUAAUUCCGAUCUGUCAGGUAAUAGAAAAUUUCGUAUUUUCAAUUGUUCAACAUAAUGGAUUUCGAAUUUUAAGUGAUCAUGAAAUAUCUAAUGUUGAAUCAGCUCGAAUAUUACUUCGUAUCGCAAAUCUUUAUUAUAAUUGUUCUGCUAUUGUUGUUGUUGAAUUAUAUUCUGAUGAAAAUUGUUCGUAUGAACCAACUUACUAUACAAAACUAGUUCUCAUUCUAUUUAGUCUUUUUGCGAUGAUCGACGAUUUAGUUAGAAAAGAUCAAAUAAUUGGUUUUAGUCUUAAAAAUUACGCGCUAAGUACUGAUUCAGAGAAAAUCUCUUUGAAAUCCAUCAUUCCACAGUUAGCUUUGCCAGAAAGAAAAUGGUUUGACCUAUUAAAGAAAAUUGAAGAAUAUUUGAAAUUAUUUACGACUAAUGUUGAAGAAAGUAAAGCAAGAGGAAAUUGCCUGUUUCAUUAUUCGUCACUUUCGAUAAUUAAUAAUUCGGAUGAAAAUAAUACUGAUGUGAUGUAUAUGUUAAGUCUUUUAAAAAAUAACUUUUCAGAUAAUUAUGCGAAGUUUCAAGAAACUCUCAAAGGAGUUAAAGUAGAUCAAUUGAAAAAUAGCUGGGAAGAACUUUUGUUUACUGAUAAACAUCUUCCGGAGUUAGUGAGAUACUUGAGGAACAUUUCAUAUUUAUCUCUAUUAUCUUUAUGUGGUUUUUCUAUACUAGCUAUACAGAGAAUAAAAUUUCUAUUGUGUAAUGAUACAAACAUGUAUAAGCGUUUCAAAUAUAAUUCUGACAAAUCUCCUGCGAUUUCUGACUUACAUAUUCAAAUGAAUUCUUCUAGUGAUAACAGAAGAUUUGUCGAUUUUACGUUACCUAGAGAUCAAAGACUUAUUACAUUCAAUUGUGACCAAAAACAUAAAAGCAAUAUGACUGAAAAUGAAAUUAUUGGCAUUCAAAAUGAAAAGCCAGAUAAAUUGACAAAACCACAAUAUUACCGUUUAUGUUCUAUUCAGUUAUAUGAUGAGUUAAAAUUUACACUAUUGUAUAUUGCAUUAAAAAAUGAUGAGAUUAACUUUGAGA